UUUCAGAAGUAGAACCUGAAAACGUUUGUUUUGUUUUGCUGGGACUGUUCCCGGUCCCCCAUGAUUUUGAUUUGGGUAAGGGCUGGAAUGGCUCAUCUUGACUCUAGCCCGUUAAAUGCCAGAGGCAGGGUGCAUGCUGAUACUUUAUGGUUUACUCCUGUAAGAAGAUGGAGACAGGAUGAAUCUUUUUGAAGGCCCCUGUGGCUUCCAAGUGUGCUCAGGCAUGAAAUCAAACCCAGUGCCACGCUUUCUCCCUGCCCGCCUGCAGCUGGGUUCCGCUUUCCACAUUGGCAAGGUUGUGGAGUCAUCUUCUUCCUUAAGCUGGGGCACCAGAAUUAAAGGCUUCAUUGCCUGCUUUACCAUUGGGAUUUUCUGCUCACUGCUGGGCACGCUUCUGCUGUGGGCGCCGAAGGGACUGGUCCUCUUCGCCGUGUUUUACACCUUUGGUAACAUCACAGCGCUUGGCAGCACCAUGUUCCUCAUGGGACCAAUGAAGCAAUUAAAACGAAUGUUCGAACCAACACGCUUGAUAGCCACAAUCGUGAUGCUGGUGUGCUUGGUACUCACCCUGUGUUCUGCCUUUUUGUGGAACAAAGGACUCGCCCUCAUCUUCUGCAUUUUGCAGUCUCUGGCCAUGACGUGGUACAGCCUUUCCUACAUACCAUAUGCCAGGGACGCGGUGAAGAAGUGUUUUGCUGCGUGUCUUGCAUAACAUGGGUCCCCGGUCCUGCCAAGCAUUGGAAGGCACAGUGGACGGACGCCGGUGGACAGCUUUGUAAAUAUUUUCUAAGCCUCUGUCUUUCAGAAUGUGCCUUUCAGCUUGCCACAGUGCAUCUCCGCCAUCGGGACACCUGAGGACUGCCCUUCAGAAGCAGGGACAAAUGUCUGCAGUGUGGCCCGAGAGGUGGCUCUGUGUUCUGAGCGGGUUCUUCCUCGUGUUUCUCUUCCUCUUUGGACGGGGCCUACUGCACCCUCAUAAAUAAAAGCCUUAUUCAGCCGC